GAGAGAAGCACACAGAUUUUUAUCCCAGCAGGAGACACACAGAUCACAGACGCUGUGUGUGUAUUUUACUCCACUUCUCUCCGACGACGACAGACAGAGCACAUGCUCUCUCUCUCUCUCUCUCUUUGUAUGUCAAUCUGUCAGAGACGUUUGUGCCUCCUCCCCUUCUCUCUCAUCUUUCAUUCUCUCUUCCUCUUCCAUCACUUCAUUCUUCCAUUCUCUCCCAAGUGAACGGAUAAAGGACGGACACCUCUCUCUCUCUCUCUCUCUCUCUCUCUCUCUCUCUCUCUCUGUGGCUCUGUACUGGAUUAUCGUGUUGGAAUAUCUCUGGACUUUUGUCAUUGGAGGACAGCAUCAUCUCUCCAUCUUUCAUCCCUCGUGUUCUCCGGACUCUAGACUUGAUCUUCAUGGGAAAGACACUGGAGCAGCAUCCGAUGUACCCGCACUACACCUGUUAUUACCCACCAUACACACACAGUAAGCCCUAUGCCCCUCCCCCUCAUCAUUUGAUGGCUCCGCCCAGCCCUGGCAGCUCCAGCUGUAAUCAGAGUGCUGUUGAACAGCACAGCAAAACCAACCUGUACAUACGAGGACUUCCACCUGCAACUACAGACCAGGACCUCAUCAAACUCUGCCAACCAUAUGGGAAAAUUGUAUCUACAAAGGCCAUUCUGGACAAGAACACAAACCAAUGCAAAGGCUAUGGUUUUGUGGAUUUUGACUGUCCGUCUGCAGCACAGAAGGCCAUCUCCUCUCUAAAGGCCACUGGUGUGCAGGCACAGAUGGCAAAGCAGCAGGAACAGGACCCCACUAAUCUGUACCUGUCUAAUCUGGCCAUCUCUAUGGAUGAGCAGGAGUUGGAGGCGGCGCUGAGGCCGUUUGGUCAUGUGAUCUCCACGCGCAUAUUACGAGACGCCAACGGGGUGAGCAGAGGGGUCGGAUUCGCCAGAAUGGAGUCCAGAGAGAAAUGUGAAGUUGUCAUACAACACUUAAAUGGGAAAUAUCUCAAAACGCCACCAGGCAUCCCAGCUCCCUCUGAGCCACUGCUGUGUAAGUUUGCUGACGGUGGUCAGAAGAAGAGACGAACUCUACAGAACGGCCGAGUGUGGAGAGAAGGAGAGACAGGAAUGACUCUCACAUAUGACCCUGCUAUCAUGCAGAAUGGGCUGUACUCUUCUCCAUACAGUAUUACUACAAACCGAAUGAUCGCACAAUCCUCUAUCAGUCCAUUUAUCACCGCUUCCCCAGUUUCUACAUAUCAGGUUCACAGUUCUGCGUGGAUGCCACAGCAGCAAUAUGUUAUGCAACCAACAGGUGCGGUCAUAACUCCGGCAUUAGGACACACGACUGUAUCCAUGCCGCCAGCUGCUGUGAUGAAUCCGCUCACACAACAUAUGAACCAGCUCACACUGGGAUCUACUGCUAAUUACAUUACAGCUCCAGUGGCUCAUAUGCAGGGAACAUUCAUCCAUCAGUUAACACCUGCGCCUCCAUCUACACUACCAGUUGAGGCUGUAGCAACAGAAGCGGCUCCCUCCUCACAGGAAGGCCACGCUCCACAACAACAACAGAUCACCAUGGAAACAAGUGACCAUAUUCAACCCUGUUCCUACCACACCAAAUAACAUCUUGAGGGGAUGAAUGUAAGUAACCGUUGCCUUCUGAUAGAAACGAGACGCUCGGCACUGAACACGUGGGCAAGGAAUGAACUUCAAGGUGACUUCAGCACCAAAAAUAGAAGAAAAUAGAAUUUGGAAAAUAAUUUCCAACCUGGACUAAACAGACUGAAGCAUUUAGCAGCGUCGACAGUGAAGGUGAUGAGGUUUAUUUGUGUUUUAUGUCUGUUGGACUGAUGCUUUCUUCAAAAACUUCAUCAAAAAUAACUAUGAAUAGUGUGGAUAAAUGAGGUUUAUAUUGAUCACCUUCCUCAGAUGUUAAGCUAUCUCAUCUUUAUGUUGUUUAUUUAUUUAUUUUUGUCAUAUGUUAGUUUUGUAUGAAUUUAUAAUACAAUUUUGUGUUGAAUAUAGCCUUUUCAUAUAUAUAUAUAUAUAUAUAUAUAUAUAUAUAUAUAUAUAUAUAUAUAUAUUUCACUUGGAAUCAUGUAUAAAUCAUGAUGACUGACGCCCUUGUUUCAAGGCACAUCUAUCAGAUUUUUCUUCAUUUGAAGAAUUUUCCUGUCACCGAUUUUAUCUUUACUUUUAACAACAUUUUUUUAUAUUGAGGGAAGUACAGCAGUUUGCUGCAACAUGCCUGUCUACAGUGUAUUUUAUUUGUUAAUUUUAGUUUUUUGUAACUUUCGAUUAUUAUUUUUACAUUAGAACUUUUUUCUGUGAAGUUUAAUAUGUUGUCAGCUUGCUUUGCUUGAUACAUUUUUUAUUUUUGUUUAUCCCCUUUUUCUCCCAAUUUGGAAUGCCCAAUUCCCACUACUUAGUAGGUCCUCGUGGUGGGCACGGUUACUCACCUCAAUCUGGGUGGCGGAGGACAAGUCUCAGUUGCCUCCUCUUCUGAGACCGUCAAUCCGUGCAUCUUAUCACGUGGCUCGUUGUGCAUGACACCGCGGAGACUCACAGCAUGUGGAGGCUCAUGCUACUCUCCACGAUCCACGCACAACUUACCACAUGCCCCAUUGAGAGCGAGAACCACUAAUCGCGACCACGAGGAGGUUACCCCAUGUGACUCUACCCUCCCUAGCAACCGGGCCAAUUUGGUUGCUUAGGAGACCUGGCUGGAGUCACUCAGCACACUCUGGAUUCGAACUCGCGACUCCAGGGGUGAUAGUCAGCGUCAAUACUCGCUGAGAUACCCAGACCCCCAUUGUGUAUUAUGUUGUUAGCUUGCUUUGCUUGAUACAUUAAAAAUAGGAAUAAUUCAAAUUGGGAGGGAAAAAAAGAGAUUUGAAGACCACGGCGUGUUGGACUUAUAGGGGAUUAUGGUGUAACUUUAGCAGUUUAAAGCAAUAGAAGAUAUAUCUGUAGAUUUUUCAUUAUUGUGAUUGAAAUGCGGCACGUGGACAAACAUAUCUAAACCAAAGAUGGAAAGACUUUAUGUUGCAGAUUUUAGUGCUGCUAGUCAUGAUUUUAUUAUGAUUUAGUUUCAUUAUUUUAAACUUGACAGCCGAAUAGUUGUCACAUUUUGUCCUUAUGUUUGAAUUAUUUUGCUCUUUAAGUAUGGUUAUGAGUUGUGCCUGCAAGAUUCAGUUUAUAAAAAAAGGAGCAUUUGAUAAGGUAAAAAUCACCAAUCAGUCUGAUAUUUUGUCCUUCAAAUAAUCUCCAAAAGCAAUCUCUAGAACUAUAUUGUCCUACAGUCCCCUCGAGUCAUGUCUCGAAAUGAACCAAUAAUUUUUACUGUGUUACGUGGAUUUAAAAGGAGAGAAAUAAUGGAUGUUUGUUGACAGUACAUUGAGGUUUGUUGUAAUUAGUUGUAUUUUACAAAAAUGAAUUAAA